AAUGAAAGGAAGUAACACAAUAUUUGUAAUCAAAAUUAUUGCAGAAUAGUAGUUGCGAAUUCGAUUGAAAAUUAUCAUGAAAAAAGUUUUGCUAGAAAAUACUUUGUAGAUCAUAAAAAACAAACAUAAGUUCUUCGACUUCAUAUUUUUUGAAGCAUCAAUUUUAACUUGCUUAUAAACUAUGGCUGGUCUUCUAGCAACUCUUGGGGGUAAUCCACUUAAUACUCCAGUUGGACAAAAGAUUGAACAAGCCACAGAUGCAGCCUUGCCAUCAGAAAACUGGGCUUUAAAUAUGGAGAUUUGUGAUUUAAUUAAUGAUACAGAUGAAGGGCCAAAAGAUGCUGUGAAAGCUAUUAAAAAGAGACUACAACAAAACACAGGAAAAAAUUACACUGUAGUUUUAUACACUUUAACAGUAUUAGAAACUUGCGUUAAAAACUGCUCCAAGCGAUUCCAUCUUCUUGUCAGCCAGAAAGAUUUUAUUCUAGAAUUAGUAAAGCUUAUUGGUCCUAAGAAUGACCCACCUACUGCUGUCCAAGAAAAAGUUCUUAGUUUGAUUCAGAGCUGGGCUGAUGCUUUUCAGAAUAAUCCUGAUAUGCAAGGAGUUGUGCAAGUGUAUCAUGAUUUGAAACAAAAGGGAAUAGAAUUUCCCAUGACUGAUUUGGAUACAAUGGCCCCAAUUCACACUCCACAAAGGAGUGUUCCAACGCCUGCAACAUCUUCUGCUGUUCGGCCGUCUUCUGACCAAGUAGCUCACCCAACACCAGUAUUCCAGCCACUACGUUCAAAUCCUAUGCCAGAUGUUUUGCCACCUCAAGCUUUGCCUCUCACUUUGAAUCAGGAACAAUUAGCCAAACUACGCAGUGAAUUAGAUAUUGUCCAAGGUAACAUGAAAGUUUUUGGAGAUAUGUUAACUGAACUUACUCCUGGUAAAGAACACCCUCAAGAUUUGGAACUUUUGCAGGAAUUACAAAAAACAUGUUAUGCUAUGCAAAGUAGAAUUGUGGAUCUUAUUGACAGGAUAGGAGUAGAAGAAAUUACGAGUGACUUACUUAGAAUUAAUGAUGAACUUAACAAUUUAUUUCUUCGUUAUGAUCGUUAUGACAAGAAACGCACAGCCAUGACAUCAAAUGUUGAGCACAAGUUACCUCCACCCCCGAGUGCUGAGAAUCCUAUAGAUAAGCCACUAAUAGAUUUUGGUGAAGCUUUCGAAGAUGGGGAUACAGCUGCAAAACUUUCAAAUUUGAACUUGCAAGAUUCAGCAGCGUCUGCCUCCAAUGAACAAAAAAGUAGCUCUCUAGCUGAUGAAUUUGACAUGUUUGCACAAGCAAGGACUUCAUCUUUUGACUCUAGUAAAACAAAGGGUAGUACAUAUGAAGAUAAUACUAAUCCAAAUCAAGUUGAAGGAAGUCUUGCAUCUUUUGCAGCAAAUAAAGGCAGACCAAUGGAAAGUGGGGAUUUAGGAUCUUCAAAUGUUCCUGCAAGCAAUGAUUUUGCCAACUUUCACAACUCACGUACAACUGGGCUUUCCGCAGGAGCAACUGGAGCUUCAUCCCAAUCAAAUGCUGUAAACAAUCGACGUCAGAUGGAUAAAGAUGACAAUGAUGGCGCUCUUUUUGCUUUAUAGAACAAUUUCUAAUCAUUAGAAAUUGACAACUUAUGUACAGCACUGGUUUAUAUAUAUUUGAAGCUUUCAACUUUAUAUUGAGCAUAUUUAAACUUGUCUUUGUCAAAAAUACUUGUAAAAUAUAUUUUCAAAAUCUGUUCUUUCUUUAUCCAAGUUAGCAUUAUUGUAUAAAUCUUUAUAUUUUUCUUGUUUUAGUGUGCAAGUUAAAAUAUAAAUGUAGUUAAUUUUUUUAAAGUAUUA